AUGAAGCUUUCAAUCCUAGCCACGGCCCUCGCGAUCGCAGCCUCGGGCGCCCAGGCCCUGGCCAUCAGCCGCGAGGUAGAUUCGAAGCUUGCGGCCCGCUCCAUGAACGACCUCGAUGCGCGAGAAGACAGCAACCCUGUUCUCGUGGCCCGUGGAAUUCAUCCUAGGUUUUUGGGAGAAGAUUCUGCUUACACCAGACCGACGGGAAUUCGUCAAAAGUGUUCAGCCGUUGCGUCAAGGCUCAGCCGAGUGGCACACUCUCCUACACUUAUGGCAAUACUGCAAACUAUCAAGGCCAGCCGUACAGUGACCCCGUGGGGACCCAACAAUACUCGGCGCAUCAGCAGGGCUAUUCGCAGCAGGGAUAUCAUUAGCAGGGCUAUUCGCAGCCGGGAUAUCAUCAGCAGGGCUAUUCGCAGCCGGGAUAUCAUCAGCAGGGCUAUUAGCAGCCGGGCUAUCAGCAGCAGAGAUAUUAGCACUCGGGCUUUCAUAGCAGAGCCAUCAGCAGCAGAGCCAGCAGAAACCCGGUUCUCAUAA